AUGGUUGAUACAAGUUAUUUAUCGGCAAGAGGAUACAUGGAGAUUGUAGCCCAAAGAGACAAAACUACCAUCCUUUAUACUUUUCAAAGAAUUUGUUUGCCCGGUAUGAUUAUUUAUUCAAAUCAAUGGGCUGCAUAUAAGGAUAUUACAAGCUUGGAGGUUCAGCAUUAUACAGUAAACCGUUCUUUAAAUUUUGUUGAUUUUGAUUACGGUGUCCAUACGCAACAUAUUGAAUCGUAUUGGAAUAAGAAUAAAAUUUAUAUUAAAAAAAUGAAAGGCGUUAGAAAACAAGAUUUUAAUUUAUAUCUUGCUGGGGUCUUCUACACGAACUUGCCUAUCUUUUUUUCAACCUAA